AUGGGCACUUCCCUCUCCAGAUCGUCCCUCGCCACUGCAUACAAUGGACACUCGAACACAUCUCACCAACCCACAUCCUCUCUGGAAAGUCUGUCUUCUCUCCUAUCUUCCGUUCAUCAGUCUCCUACAAGCUCUAGCUCGACCUCUCUGUCCUACAAGGUGACUCUUCAUGCUUUACCAAAGCUAAUCCAAUCGGUGGAGGAGAUGAAGAGGGUCAGUGUUGUCGCGAAAGUGGUUGGUGAUCUUGUUGCUGCGCCUGGUGGCCUGGAUGGUGAAGAGAAGAGACUAUGUGAUGAGAGAGGUAUGGAGAGCGCGGUGCAAGAGCAGGAUCCAGCUGCCCGUGAAUUCCUGUCCGGGACCGAUAACAUCAUGCCAAGUCCUCACCUUGCCACCUCUCAACACCAGUCUCGAGCCCCCCAAUCACCUCCCUUCACACUCCUUUCUAGACCGACCACUCCCUGUGAUGAUACCAGUCCCGCCGGCCAUGCCCAUGACCCCUUACAAUGCUCCCCUCCGAGAGCUCUCACGAGUUAUACCCCUCGCGCGAGCAUACAAAGGCUCCAAAGCUUGCCGACCCUACCUAGACUCGACAUGAUAGAUUGUGAUGAGGAGGUGGCUGCUAUCACUGGUACGAUCAUGGAGAAAAGGUCCGGCAAAAGUCUCGGAGGAGAAGGACAAGAGCGGGAGACGAGGGGACACGUCUUCCAGGUCACGUCAGACUGUCCCGAUACCAUCGCCUCCGGCACCAACAACACCAACAAGCUACCCAUUCUGGUCUCCCCAUGUCCUUCCAUCUCCGAUCCGUUCCAUCAACGAAUCACCGUCUCAAGUAUGCUUAGCCAAUCUGACUCUCUUGAAAGCCUCUACUCUCGAUACGCAACUAUGGAUGGCGGGCGACCUAUGGAGGAGUCUAUCCACGAUACAAUGCCUGAGCUGGAAGCUCUCGAUGUCAAGGAGAGGGCUCAAGGCAAUGUCGAAGCUGCAAACGUGUCUGAAACGCCCAAAGGGACCAAACCCGUCGUCGGGUUCCAACACCGACAGCAGGAGGUUAUGCCUGAUUUGGAUAGCUCGAGCUCGUCCCCUAUCUCACCCACUGUCCAGACUCCCAAGACCCCGACUAGACCGUUUUCGGCUCUACCGAUCCCGGUGAUCAUAAUCACUCCCGAGAUCCCUGCUUCCAGCUCCUCCGAGAUUGACUACUUCGCCUACAACGCUCGACUGUCGACCCGUCUUUCUACGUCUGCUUUUGAGUCGCCGAGUAAGACGGGAAAAGGAGGAUCAAAGCGACAGGGGAUGCUAGAGGUGCCGAAGAGGGAAACGAAAAUUCGAGGAAGGAAGAACGUUUCUUCCAAGAAAAUGAGAGAGAAGUCUACGAGAAGAAAGUUGGGUGACGAGAGCGUUGUCGUUCAAAGAGAGGCCGGAGCAUCGGUCGGUAUGUAG